AUGGCUCCAAUAUGUAGUAAUAACUCAUUGUACAUAAAUACAAAGCAAUUAGACCCCAGCAAUAUUUGCUGUGUGAAAGAGGAAAUCCUCGCUCAGUCGGAGUAUAGAUCACAGGCCGUAACCGGAACAAAGUUAAUCCCGCACUCCCCUUACCAGGUGUCAUCAAUAGCAAGCAACCGUGUUUACAACCGCCAAUUCCACGCCGCAACAAUGGGCACCUCACCAGUCACGUUGAGGGCCAUCCUUAACUUCCUCUUUGUCUUCGUCCAGCUCGCCAGUGCCCUAAAAUUCGACCUCGUCGCCACCUCCGGCGGCGGCAAGAACGAGCGAUGCAUUCGCAACUUCGUCUCGAAGGACCAGCUCGUCGUUGUCACUGCCAUCGUUGGCGGCUCGAAGGGUGAUGGCCAGAAAGUCAAUAUUCAUGUAUGUGGAAUGAUUGCUGGAUGUGGAUGGGAUUCCGUCCUGGGUCUGCUGGGAAUCAAGGACGCUAUGGGCAAUGACUACGGUCGCCCUAAGGAUGUCGUCGGCGAGACGCGUCAGCUUUUCACUUCGCCCGCGGACACGGCUUUCGACGUCUGCUUUGAGAACCAGCUUGUCGGCCACAACACCAUCCAGAACCCCUCCCGCCCCAUCGAACUUGACGUCGACAUUGGCGCCGACGCCCGCGACUGGAACAGCAUCCAGUCGCAGGAGAAGCUCAAGCCCGUUGAGACAGACCUCCGCCGCAUCGAGGAGAUGGUCGCCGAUAUCGUGACCGAGAUGGAGUACCUGCGUGCGCGUGAGCAGCGUCUGCGUGAUACCAAUGAGAGCACCAACGAGCGCGUGAAGUGGUUCGCUUUCGGGACCAUGGGUAUGCUUAUCGGGCUUGGUGCUUGGCAGGUUGUUUACCUGAGGGCUUACUUCAGGUAUGUCGAAUUGUGGUUGUGGCUGGAGGUGGAAUUGGUUACUGACUUUUUGGUUCUUGUAGAUCUAAGCACCUUAUCUAGAUUUACUAGUCCCUGGAAUGGUUGCAUCUUUGAUGGUUCUUUUUUGGUUUUGCAGCGGUUGCAUUGCAAAUCCUUUUGCUCUAAUGUCGAGUGGCAUUCUGUUCAACAGUCAUGA